AUGUUACAACUCUUAAUUGUCUUAUUUGUAGUAUUUACUCAAGCAAUUGAUACAAAUGCUUUUAAUAAUCUUAGAAUUUAUCAAGUUAUGGUAAGUUCAUUCCAAGAUGGUGAUUCAGGUAGAGGAUAUUGUACUGGAUAUGGACCAUCAAGACACUGUGGUGAUUUACGAGGUAUUAUUAAUUCUCUUCAAUACAUUAAAGAUUUAGGAAUGAAUGCAUUAUGGAUGACGCCUAUCUUUAACUCAAAUGGAGGAAGUCAAUUAGAUUCAACUGGAUACUUUGCUUAUGAUUACUUUAAUGUAGAUCCAAAAUUUGGUACAAAUGAUGAACUUCAUGAGUUAAUUAAUAAGGCACAUAACCUUGGAUUAUAUGUUAUUCUUGACGGUGUAUUUGGACAUCACAAAUCAGGAAAUGUUGCAGCUAGUCCAAGUGGAAAAUAUCCAACAGGAGGAAAUGAUCCAGUUAGUUAUCCAGGAUCAUUAGAAUUUUAUAAAGAGGUUGCUACUUAUUGGAUUAAUAAUUAUGAAAUUGAUGGAUGGAGAUUAGAUCAAGCUUAUCAAGUUUCUACAAGAAAUCAAGACAGAAACUAUUGGAAGGAUAUUAGAGAGGUUAUUGAAUCAACAUGUGAUAACAGAAAGAAUCAAGGAAAACAAUGGGGAACUCUUGGAUAUAUGGUUGGAGAAAUUUGGGACUCUGCUUCUAAUAUUAAUAAUUGGGGAUAUUAUGCCUCUGGUGGGUAUGGACUUAGAUCAUGUUUCCAUUUCCCAGGAAGAUAUAAUUUAGUUCAAACAUUAGCAUGUGAAGAAUCUGGAAAAGGAGGAUAUGAUGCAUCAAACUUAAAUGGUAUCUUUAAUGCAGGAUAUCCAGAUUUUGCAUAUCCAAAUAUGUUUAUAACCAAUCAUGAUUUAUUGAGAUUUGGUAAUUUAAUUAGAAAGAAAUAUGGAUAUGGUAGAGAUAAUAAUGAUUAUUGGGGUAGACACAGAGCUGCAAUUGCAUUCCUUGCUGCAUAUACAGGACCAAUUACUAUUUAUUAUGGAGAUGAAGUUGGAGAUCUUGUAGAGUGCUAUUAUAACCCAGGAGAUUGUGGAGGAGUUUAUAAUGAUAAUGCUGCUAGAAGUGAUGGACAUAUUCAAGGAUUUAACUCAAAUGAACAAGCCCUUCAUGAUUUUACUGCAAAAUUAAUGAAUAUUAGAGCAUCUAAUCCUGCAUUAUAUCAAGGAAGAAGAGAAAAUCAAAAUGCAUCAGGAACCCUUUACAAAGUUGAUAAAGUAUCUGGAUCAAAUAGAAUUCAGGUCUUGAUCAAUGUAGGAACAUACACAUACGAUACUCAAUGUGGAAGUGGACAAGAUCUUAUUUCUGGAAGAUCAUAUUCUGGUACUUGUCAUAUGGAACCAUUCAGUGUCAUCUUCUUGAAGAUGUAA